AUAAAAUACUAAAACGGAAUAAUAAAAGAAAACCAAAAUGGAAAGCUCAAAUAUACAACCACCCAAAAUCUUGUACCCAUUAUUUCCCCUAUUUUGCCCUUUUCUCUACGCUACCGCUUAAUCCUCUGUGUCGCCUCUGCCUCAACCGCGUCGUUUUUGUUUCAGCUUCCUCUUAGUUUCCUGUUUCAAUCCAUAGAUAAAUGAUUGGCUUUUGAGGUGGAAAUUUAACAAGAAUAGGACACUCUUUUGUCCUACAGAUGGCUUCUGUGGGCAUGGCGCCUACUUCUGGUUUAAGAGAAUCUAACGCUGCAGGUGUAGAUAAGUUACCUGAGGAGAUGAAUGACAUGAAAAUUAGAGAUGACAAAGAAAUGGAAGCAACAGUUGUGGAUGGUAAUGGGACAGAGACAGGGCAUAUAAUUGUGACAACCAUUGGUGGUAGAAAUGGUCAGCCAAAACAGACAAUAAGUUACAUGGCAGAACGUGUGGUUGGACAUGGUUCAUUUGGAGUUGUCUUCCAGGCAAAGUGCUUAGAGACAGGUGAAACUGUUGCUAUAAAGAAGGUUCUUCAAGAUAAGAGGUACAAGAAUCGUGAGCUGCAAACAAUGCGUCUUCUUGACCACCCAAAUGUUGUGGCUUUGAAGCAUUGCUUUUUUUCAACAACUGAAAAGGAUGAACUUUAUCUUAAUUUGGUACUCGAGUAUGUACCUGAAACUGUUCAUCGCGUGAUCAAGCACUAUAACAAGUUGAACCAAAGGAUGCCAUUGAUAUAUGUGAAACUUUAUACAUACCAGAUAUUUAGGGCAUUAUCUUAUAUCCAUCGCUGCAUUGGUGUGUGUCAUCGGGACAUUAAACCUCAAAACCUUUUGGUAAAUCCUCAUACUCAUCAGGUGAAACUAUGUGAUUUUGGAAGUGCAAAAGUCUUGGUGAAAGGGGAACCGAACAUAUCCUACAUUUGCUCAAGGUAUUACAGAGCACCUGAGCUAAUAUUUGGAGCAACUGAGUACACUACAGCCAUUGACAUCUGGUCUGCUGGCUGUGUCCUUGCUGAGCUGUUACUUGGACAGCCUCUAUUUCCUGGUGAGAGUGGAGUUGACCAGCUUGUUGAGAUUAUUAAGGUCUUGGGCACUCCAACACGAGAGGAAAUUAAGUGCAUGAACCCUAACUAUACUGAGUUCAAAUUCCCUCAGAUUAAGGCUCACCCAUGGCACAAGAUAUUUCAUAGGCGAAUGCCUCCUGAAGCUGUUGAUUUGGUGUCAAGAUUACUCCAAUACUCUCCAAAUCUCCGUUGCACUGCUCUAGAUGCCUUGAUCCAUCCUUUCUUUGACGAGUUGCGUGAUCCAAAUGCCCGCUUGCCCAAUGGACGUUUCCUUCCGCCAUUAUUUAACUUUAAAUCGCAUGAGCUGAAGGGUGUUCCAGUAGAGAUAUUGGCGAAGUUGAUCCCGGAGCAUGCCAGAAAGCAAUGUCCUUUUCUUGGAUUGUGAUUUGAUGCAAAAUGUAACCAAGUAGCAAAAAAGUGUAAUAUCUUAUGGAAGCUGUGUUGUUCCUAUAUCUAUGCCAAUUUAUUAUUGUUGUAUGCCUGUGUUGUGUUACCCUGUUAUGUAAAAGCAGAUUUAGACAUAAUCCUCCUGUCCAAACUCCAAAACCUAUAUCACGACAGAUUGUAACGUCUACAGUAGAUGGAAACCAUCAUUUACUUUUGAUGUGUUGACUGUAAUCCCGGAGCAGGCAAAAGAUCAGUGUUUAUUUGAACUUAUUUCUGUUA